AACGUCUGUUGAGCUCAAACAGGGGCUAUGUAUGGAUUUUUAUAAUUUGCAUUUGCUACACCUCAUCUCCCAGAAUUCAAUUGGUUUUGCUGAACAGAAAUGGAGGCGUUCCAUUGCCGCGUGAAUACGCCUCUCUGCAACUCCAACAAUUAUAAUACUAAUUUUUUAGCUUCAAUGCAACGCAUGAUUUCUGUCCAACCGUGCAAUUACGCAAGGCUUCUCUCAGUUUCUUGUUCUUCUGCUGCACCACCGGCUAAGAACAACAAAAGGAGAACUUCAAGGGACUACUCGGCAAAAACUUCCAUUACUACAAGUAGAACAGGUUCUUCAAACCCUGCCGGAAAACCCCAGAAGCUAAAUUCGGAAGUAUCACCCCACAGAGCUGUGUCUGCUGUCAGGUUGAUGAGAAUUGAGCUCGGUGGUGCAUUUGCCGACCUAUUGAAUGACCAAGGAAAGGGUUCAGGGGAUAAUGAAAUGGGAUAUGUUGAAAGAACUCUUGGUUUUCGCACUCGUAAUUUGGAUGACAGAGAUCUCAGACUGGUAUCAGAAAUUGUUGGGGGUACAAUUCGCUGGAGAAAAUAUCUUGAUCAUUUGAUUCUUUCACUCUGCCACGAGGAGAGCACCUUCAGAGACAUGGAGCCUCUUCUAUUGCAGAUUCUUCGAAUAGGUGUUUAUGAGGUCGUCAAGCUAGAAAUGCCUCCAUAUGCAGUUGUCGAUGAGAAUGUAAGGCUUGCAAAGGCUGCACUCAGACCUGGUGCUGGUAAUAUGGUUAAUGGGAUUCUGCGGAAGCUGGUUGUGCUUAAGGAAAGUAACUCACUCCCUUCUCCAAAAGUGGAAGGUGAUGAUCGCCAGCAAGCCCGUGCUCUUGCCACUAUUCAUUCUCAUCCUGUAUGGAUGGUGAGACGAUGGAUGAAGCACCAUGGACAGGAAAAAGCUAUUGAACUAAUGAUGUGGAAUAACAGUAAUCCUUAUUUCAGCCUCAGAGCAAAUACAGGGAAAGGUUUUACAAGGGCUGAUCUAGUAACACAACUUGAAAUGUUCAAGGUUCCAUAUGAACUUUCACCACAUUUGGAUGAUUUUGUUCGUAUCAGAACUGGGAUGCAGGUUAUCAUACAAGCUGGGUUACUGAGAAAAGGUUUAUGUUCUGUCCAGGAUGAGAGUGCCGGCUUGGUAGUCUCUGUUGUGGAUCCAAGGCCUGGGGACACUAUUGUUGAUUGUUGUGCUGCUCCAGGAGGAAAGACACUGUUCAUGGCUUCACAAUUGAGUGGUCAAGGUAGCAUAUGUGCCAUCGACAUAAACAAAGGCCGACUGAGAAUCCUUAAAGAGACAGCAGAGUUGCAUGAAGUUGAUAGUGUUGUCACUACUGCUCAUGCUGAUCUUCGUACAUUAGCUGACAAGAAUUGUGCAAAAUCUGAUAAAGUUUUGCUUGAUACUCCUUGCUCAGGAUUGGGUGUUCUCUCUAAGAGAGCAGAUUUGCGAUGGAAUAGGAGACUGGAAGACAUGAAGGAACUUAAGCACUUACAAGAUGAACUACUUGAUGCCGCUUCCAUGUUAGUGAAGAUUGGUGGAGUAUUAGUAUACAGCACCUGUUCAAUUGAUCCAGAUGAGAAUGAAGAAAGAGUGGGUGCUUUUCUUCAGAGGCAUCCAGAAUUCUACGUAGAUCCUGCUGAUAGAUACGUACCUUCCACUUUUGUUACCGAGAAUGGAUUCUAUAGUUCUAAUCCCGUCGAACAUUCACUUGAUGGAGCCUUUGCAGCUCGUCUUCUUCGAUCUAGAUGAAUGACGAAGCUCGGAAGUGAUAAAUUUUACUGGCCCUGAAAUUGUCGCUUCACAUGACUUCAUUGAUUUCGGGACGAAGUUCAACUUAAUAGAAUCUUGCAGAAAGAGGUCUAACUCGAGACGGAAGUGGACUGGAAGAAUUUAGAUUUCACUAUUUAGGACUUCUUUGCUGGAGUAUCGGAGGAAGGGAGACCUUAAUGCAGAAGAUACGUAAGUUUACUAGUUCAUUCGGAUGGCAUUCUGAUAUAGGAUUUGCUGCUGGCGUGGCAAGCUGCUUGAUCAGCUUCCGACAAGGAGUGAUUGAAUGGCUUUAACUAUGGAAGACUAGAACGAGAAAACCUUUAAUAUGUACCAGUUGAAUCAAGAAAAAUCAUCUACCAGUUGUUCCAUGUCUAAACAUAUUAUGAAGUGAAGCAUGUAAAGGACACCUCAAUGAAGUGGUGUCUACCAUGACCUGUAGGGAUUCUAUGUAAUUUUUGUGGAGAAAGUUGGUUUUGAUUGAUAGUGAUUGGUGGAAUGUUUUCUAAGAACUUACUGUUCAUAGAAUCUCUCCAUUGCACUAUACUUUCUUCUAUAGAGAUUGUGUAGUAAUUAUAGCUUUCCAUGGCUGUCUUAGUUAUAAAGUGUAGCUGAUUCUUGUCUUAAUUGGCAAAAAAUGGGAUUGUGUUCA